AUGCCUGUUCCCGCGGAACUCAUCGAUAACAUCAUCGGACAAGUGGAGGACCGCGCGUCGCUGGAGAGCUGCUGCCUCGCCGCCUCAGUAUUUGUUCAUCCAUGCCAAAAGCGACUGCACGCCUCGCUCAAGCUCACGCUGUCGCCGACGACGCUCGACUUCUGGGCACUCGCUGCCUACCACUUUCAAAAGGCGCCGCAUCUGACGCAGCACGUCAUACAUCUCACCAUCACGCUCGAGAAGAACGUUGGAACAGAGACGGAGGGCGACUUUGAUCCUGAUAUCGAGUCCACGUACUUCGCGCGGUUCGACAAGCUGCAGACGGUCACUAUUGCGGGAAUGGGACGCGCUCAGCUCCCGUGGGCCACAUUUCCGGAGACUGCCGCCAGCGCUGUCGCUGCCCUGCUCAUGGACCGAUGUACGCGGCCGCUCAAAUCGAUCAAAUUGGUGUACUUUGCAAUCACGGUGCCCGUUGUAAUGCUCUGCCUCGAUGCGUCGGAGACUCUGGAACUAGUUGGCUGUAUCACCCAGGAAAUUGGUACAGUUGAUGGGUCCGUACUGGAUAUUGGACUUCUCCCAACUGGAUCACGCCCACCCGCAAAAUCCAUUAUUGUGAGCUCCAACCAGAGCAUGUUGGAGCUCCUUGCAACGUCUCAGCUGCAAUCUCGCCUACGUAAUAUCCACUCCCUGUCAAUUCGAAGGGCUGGUGACGAAGUCGAGGCCAUCGUCACUCUAUUGACCGUGGUAGCACCGACUAUCCGCAAAAUUCGGCUUCCCAGUAUGAUUGAUAAGCAUCCAGUUAUGUUGUCAUCUCUCGGGUUUCCCUCCCUCCCAUCGAGUUGGCGGAUGUUACGAAUUCUGAAGAUCACCAUAGACAUCAAAAUACUCGAACAGCCCUUGUCGGAGUCGUGGAUCAUGAUGCAGAUAGCAGAGGUCAUCCUCUCUCCUGGCGCAAGUCCACAGCUUACCGAGCUCGUUAUUGAAACGCAUGUGGAAAUCAAGCCCAUUCGCAAACCAUACACCGAUGCAGAUCUUCAGGCUCAUGUCGAACGCAGAUAUCACCCCUUUUUAAACGAUGGCGGCCACUAUAGCAGUGACGAGGAACUUGCCGUCACGGACGUGCCCCCCGAGUUCAGCCAGCCGAUUUCCUACAAGUUUGACGCCGCGACUCUAGCUGCCCUCGACAGCGCAUGUACGCUCCAUACCGGCCUGGCCACUCUGCGCUUUCUCCUGGAGAUCGACUUCCCGACACCGGCGCGGCGCCAUCACGAGCCGGAAGAAGAGUCUCGACAUCCUUAUAACGCGGUGCAAUUUUCGGCAUGCCGGGAUCAAUUGGAAGCUGUGCUGUCGCAAACGACCGCUGUGGGACGGCUGACAAUCGAGAAUCAACUCCCGGCCCGAUAUUGCUAUUAUUAA